CAACUUGAAAUGGUUAUUUACCAUCUUUCUAACAAAAGAGUUCUCCUGCUCCCUUCCAAUCUCCUCCAGACACCAAUUCCCUCAUUUUAUCCACAAAUAAAAUCGCCAAACAAACGAUUUAACGAAACAAUCUUUCCACUCCAUUUCUCUAUUUUCCCCAAUGGAAGGAAAAGCCGAAAGACUCCACGGGUGAUAGUGAAUGGAAAUGGAGUCCACCCGCUUCGCUAAACCCUCAACUCCCACCAAGAUUUACUCUCUCACCAAAAUGGCUCUGCAUAAUUCUUCUUACAGGGCUCUGUCGCUGAGAAAUUACUCAUCUUUUAGGAAUACAACUGCUGGCAGCUUGUUACAAUUAAGAAGAAGCUCUUCAGCGAAAGUCUUAUCCCUCUUUCAUGUGACAUGCUAUUCUACUUGCUCUGGUAUAGAAUAUUGCUCAUCCUCAAAGCGAAGAUCACGUGGGCCUGUCAUGGCAGCAAAAGGAAAAUCUGAAGGGGAAAAACAGGAGGAUGGCAAGUAUAAGCACACAAUUGACCUCCCUAGGACUGCCUUUGGCUUAAGAGCGAAUUCUGUUGUGAGGGAGCCCGAAAUACAAAGAUUAUGGGAUGAAAAUCAGGUGUUUAAGAGGGUUGCCAGUAGGAAUACUGGGGCAAGUUUUGUGCUUCACGAUGGCCCUCCUUAUGCAAAUGGUGAUUUGCAUAUGGGUCAUGCCUUAAAUAAGAUUUUGAAGGAUAUUAUCAACCGCUAUAAGCUUCUUCAGAACUAUCGAGUUCAUUAUGUCCCUGGUUGGGAUUGUCAUGGCCUGCCAAUUGAAUUAAAAGUUUUACAGUCACUGGAUCAGGAUGCUAGAAAGGAGCUGACACCACUAAAAUUGAGAGCAAAGGCUGCCAAAUUUGCAAAAUCAACUGUCAAGAAUCAGAUGGCAGCUUUUAAGCGAUAUGGCGUAUGGGGAGACUGGGAUCACCCAUAUCUCACUCUUGAUCCUGAGUAUGAAGCUGCUCAGAUUGAAGUGUUCGGCCAGAUGGCCUUGCAAGGGUAUAUCUAUAGAGGCAGGAAGCCAGUUCAUUGGAGCCCCUCGUCUCGAACUGCUCUUGCAGAGGCUGAGUUGGAGUAUCCUGAGGGGCAUGUUUCAAAGAGCAUGUACGCUGUUUUUAGAUUAGUCAGUGCCCCUACAUCAUGUAAACUGUUAAAUGAUUUCAUUCCCAAUCUGGGUUUGGCUAUUUGGACUACAACCCCAUGGACUAUUCCUGCUAAUGCUGGUGUUGCUGUCAAUUCAAAGCUUCAAUAUGCUGUUGUUGAAGUUGAUUCCAGUUCUAUAGACUUAACUGCACCAUCGGUCAAUAAAGAGAAAAGGGUUGGCAAUGCCUUGAAGGAUCAUAACAAGCUCUACUUAGUUGUCGCAUUGGACCUUGUGCCAACUUUAGAAGCAAAAUGGGGUGUGAAGCUUAUCGUGAAGACAGCACUUACUGGCGCAGAACUUGAAAACUGCAGGUAUGUUCAUCCCAUAGAGAGUAGAGAAUGCCCAGUCGUUGUUGGUGGGGAUUAUAUCACGACAGAAUCAGGAACUGGACUAGUGCAUACUGCUCCUGGGCAUGGUCAAGAAGAUUAUGUAACUGGCCUUAAAUAUGGUUUGCCCGUCCUUUCCCCGGUGGAUGAUGAAGGAAAGUUUACUGAAGAAGCUGGGCAAUUCAGCGGUCUUGACGUGCUUGGAGAUGGCAAUGUUGCUGUUAUUGAGUGCUUGGACAAGAACUCAUCAAUGAUCAUGGUUGAGCCAUACAAACACAAGUAUCCAUAUGAUUGGCGAACAAAGAAACCUACAAUUUUCAGGGCAACUGAACAAUGGUUUGCUUCAGUAGAAGGAUUCCGUAGUGCUGCAAUGGAUUCAAUUAACCAAGUAUUCUGGAUACCCCCCCAGGCAGAAAAUCGAAUUUCUUCUAUGACUUCAAGUCGUUCUGAUUGGUGUAUCUCCCGGCAAAGAACUUGGGGUGUGCCAAUCCCGGUUUUUUAUCACGUGGAGUCGAAGGAGCCAUUGAUGAAUGAAGAAACUAUUGGUCAUAUUAAGUCUAUCGUUUCCCAGAAAGGAAGUGAUGCAUGGUGGUACAUGAAGGUAGAGGAACUGCUUCCAGAAAAGUAUCGCAAAGAAGCAUCAAGCUAUGUAAAAGGAACUGAUACGAUGGAUGUAUGGUUUGACUCAGGUUCUUCAUGGGCUGCAGUAUUGACGAAGAGAAAGGGUCUUAGUUAUCCUGCAGAUUUGUAUCUCGAAGGUACAGACCAGCAUCGUGGCUGGUUUCAGAGUUCAUUAUUGACAAGUAUUGCUACUAAUGGAAAGGCUCCAUAUCGUGGUGUCGUAACACAUGGAUUCGUACUUGAUGAGAAAGGUUUCAAGAUGAGCAAAUCUCAAGGAAAUGUUGUCGACCCAAGAACUGUGAUUGAAGGAGGGAAGGACCAAAAGGAGUCCUUUGGAGCAGAUGUACUUAGGCUCUGGGUUUCCAGUGUAGAUUAUACUGGGGAUGUCACGAUCGGGCCUAAAGUCCUCCGUCAAAUGUCAGACAUAUACAGGAAACUAAGAGGAACCUUGCGGUUUCUUUUGGGGAACCUGCACGAUUGGAAAGCUGAUUAUGCUGUUCCUUACAGUGAGCUUCCAGUGAUAGAUCAAUAUGCGUUAUUUCAACUUGCAAGUGUUGUGAAAAACAUUAAAGAGAGCUAUGACAAUUAUCAGUUCUUCAAGAUUUUUCAGAUUAUUCAGCGGUUCAUUGUAGUUGAUCUCUCUAAUUUCUACUUGGAUGUUGCCAAAGAUCGACUUUAUGUGGGGGGAACGACUAGCGCUACAAGGAGGAGUUGUCAAACAGUCCUUGCUGCACAUUUACUUUCUAUUGUGAGGGUCAUUGCUCCAAUUUUGCCACACUUGGCAGAGGAUGUUUGGCAGAAUCUUCCUUUCCCAUUCACUGCUGAAGAUGGACAUAAGGCAAAUUUUGUCUUUGAGUCAAGAUGGCCUGUGUUAAAUGAAAAACAUCUCUCAUUCCCAGAGGAAGAGGUUAAUUUUUGGGUGACGAUUCUUGAGCUGAGAACUGAGGUAAACAAAGUGCUGGAGGUCGCUCGUACUAUGAAGCUGAUUGGUUCGAGCCUUGAGGCAAAGGUCUAUCUUCAUGCAUCUGAUGCUGGCCUUGUUUCCAGAUUAGUUGACAUGUGUUCAUCGGAGAACGAUGCUGAUACAUUGCAUCGCAUCUUCUUAACAUCUCAGGUCGAGAUUCUUCCAUCUCUGGAAAUUGUCAACAAAGAUGAUAUACCAUGCACCGGAGAGUAUCUUGUUCAGAACAAGAACAAAGUCUGGGUCGGUGUGUCACGUGCUAGUGGCUUGAAAUGUGAAAGAUGCUGGAAUUUUUCACUUCAAGUUGGCAGUUAUGACGACCACCCCUUACUUUGUGGCCGUUGCCACGGCGUUGUCAACCAGCCAAUUCCAGCAAUGGCAGCAGCUAGCUGAGAUUUUUCCAAGGUAGAUGCAGAAAAAGUUGUUCUUCCAAAACCAGCAUUACCAUGUGGCCCAUGUUAUUUGAAUUAAUGAGACGCUGAAUUCAAAUGAAAUGGGGAGGGAGGAGGCUAUGCAUUUUUGAGCUUGAGAUAGUGCAUAAGACAACACCAAUUUGCUUCAUAUGAAGCCUGAUUUUUGCAUAUUGAAUUGAAUAGAUUAUGUUUUUAUUAAUUGAGUUGUAGAAUAUAAAUGUAAAGAAGAGGCUGCGUUUGUUCCUGCAGACUGCAGUUCCCAAGUUAUAGUAUAUCAGGAGUUACAAUCCCUCUCUGGGAUGAGUCUUUGUCAACAA